AUGUCCAACCAAACCAUCUCCGACCAAGACACGCCCGACCCAUGGAUGAUCUCGCACGGGCCCAACUUCUACCUGACAUUCACGGCAGGUGAUCGCAUCGAGAUCUGGCGGUCCCCCAACAUGGAGAAUUUCCGCUCCUGCGCACGGACCGUCGCCUGGCGUCCCGGGCCCCCGGAGCAUCCGUGGUUCGUCGACCUAUGGGCGCCGGAACUCCACCACCUCAACUCGACAUGGUACGUCUACUUCACCGGCGCAAAACCGCGCAACGGACCAGGCACCUACAAUGCGGACCGAAGGACACUCAUCCUCCGAAGCAGGUCGCAUGACCCGAUGGAGGCCGGGGCGUGGGAGUUCCUAGGCCAGCUACGCGGGCUGCCCGACCACUGGAACAUCGACCUCACGGUGUUUCACCUCCCGCACACGGGCAGGCUGUAUUGCUGCUACUCGGGUUGGCCCAUGGGCGACUUCUCAGACAGACAGCAGGACUUGUUCCUCGCGGAGAUGGACGGGCCCGAGGCUGCGAAGCAUGAGACCGUGGUGUGCAUUUCGCGGGCAGAACUCCCCUGGGAGAGGGCCGACCAGGACACACACGGCAUCAACGAGGGGCCUGCGUUCGUGGGCGUGAGCGUCCCGCCGUCGGCAGGGUCGGGCCCCACGGUGUUUCAAGGCAUAGUCUACAGCGCCAACGGCAGCUGGACAAGCGACUACCGGCUUGGGAUCCUACAAUUGAUAGACUCGGCCGACCCGUUGAAGCAGAGUUCCUGGAGGAAACGGCCCACUCCGUUGCUCGUUAGUGACAGGCAACAUGGCGGGCCUUUCGGGCCCGGACACGCCAGUUUCAUUUCUUCGCCCCAUGGUGACGGCCGCGUGUAUUGCAUCUAUCAUGCCACUGAGCAUUUCGAUCAGGGUUGGGCCAACCGUAAGGCUCGCGUGUUGUGUUUUGAUGCCCAGCAUUUCCACCCGCAAGCCCCGACCAUGUGUUGUGCUUUGGCUCUUACGGGACAGUGGAGUGGCGGGGCGGCGAUUUCGAAUUUCUCAUCGCCAGCACCGGCACCGGCACCGGCACUAUACCAGCACCAGCAGAUGCAGUCUGGUCACGGUCACGGACAGAGAAAGAGUCUAAUUGACAAGAUCGGCGACAAGAUAUUGCAGAAGUUGCGAGAGUUUGCUUGA